AGUGCGCUCAGAUCUGUGCUUGAAAAGCGGGCGGUCCGUCGCCACGCCGGAAUCUGCGGAAUUCGGGCUUCCAUUAUCGUCAGCAGAGACAAUCUUCCGCACACUCGCACGGAAUCCCGCGAUCUCCAGUCUGUAAGGUUCUCCGUGGUCAAAAUGUCUCAAGCUGACAAACUCAAGCAGGGGCAGUUCACCAACCCGGAGACCCCUGGGUACGUGGGCUUUGCCAACUUGCCCAACCAGGUGCACCGCAAGUCAGUGAAAAAGGGCUUUGAGUUCACCCUCAUGGUGGUGGGUGAGUCUGGUUUGGGGAAGUCGACCCUGAUCAACAGCUUGUUUCUCACAGACCUCUACCCUGAGCGGGUCAUUCCUGGAGCUGCAGAGAAGAUCGAGCGCACGGUGCAGAUCGAGGCGUCCACCGUGGAGAUCGAGGAGCGGGGCGUCAAGCUGAGGCUCACGGUGGUGGACACGCCUGGAUACGGCGACGCCAUCAACAGCCAGGACUGCUUCAGCACCAUCAUCGCCUACAUUGAUGACCAGUUCGAGCGCUACCUCCACGAUGAGAGUGGACUGAACCGCAGGCACAUCGUGGACAACAGGGUUCACUGCUGCUUCUACUUCAUCUCCCCACUGGGGCACGGCCUGAAGCCUCUGGACGUCCAGUUCAUGAAAGCCAUUCACAACAAAGUCAAUGUGGUUCCUGUCAUCGCCAAGGCCGACACGCUGACGCUGAGGGAACGAGAGAGGCUCAAGCGCAGGAUUCUAGAUGAGAUUGACGAGCAUGGUAUUAAGAUCUACCAUCUCCCCGAUGCCGAGUCCGACGAGGACGAGGACUUCAAGGAGCAGACCCGAAUUCUGAAGGCGAGUAUCCCCUUUGCGGUCGUGGGCUCCAACCAGCAGAUCGAGGCCAAGGGGAAGAAGGUGCGGGGCCGCCUGUACCCCUGGGGGGUGGUGGAGGUGGAGAACCCUGAGCACAACGACUUUCUCAAGCUGCGCACCAUGCUCAUCACCCACAUGCAGGACCUGCAGGAGGUGACCCAGGACCUGCACUACGAGAACUUCCGCUCCGAGCGCCUCAAACGCGGCGGCAGGUUGUCCUCACAUGGUUACAUUCUGCCUCUGUCUCCUGCGAAGGGACCGGAGCCCGAGGAGAUGGACAAGGACAUGAUCCUGCAGGAGAAGGAGGCUGAGCUGAGGCGCAUGCAGGAGAUGAUCGCCAAGAUGCAGGCGCAGAUGCAGAAGCAGGGAGACGGAGAGGGGGACAGCCAGCAGAUGUGAGGUGACCAGCUGCUGUUCCAGCCCGGCGGGGGGGUGGGAGAGGGAGGGCAGGGGGAGAGCCCGGAUCUCACCUGCUCACCGGAGCCGCUUGCCACUAUUUCUGUUACUCCACUCCUUUUAGUGAUACGUCUUUUAUAAGCAAUACUGUGUCCUGUUUUUAUAUUCACACACAUCGUCUGUGCUGCGUUAAUUUGUACCAUUAUAUUGUGCUACGCCAGUUAUCGAUAUGAAGAGCACCCUCUGAGCGAGGUGUAUGUUUUAUUAUAAAGAGCCAUUUUUCUUUUUUUUUAAAGUUUGAUGAGAAAGCCAAACGCUGCUGCCACUCUAAAUGAAUUGAACCCCUGCUCUAGAGAAGCGGAUUCUGUAGCCAUGUUCUGUCCGCUCUGCUGGCCCUGGUAUCUUGCACCUGUGUGUGAAUUGGACCUCCUGGCCAUUUUGAGCACCAGCCAUUCACACAGAGUCUUUAACACCAGUUAGCUUUUGCUUGCAGCUGGGCAGAGGAGGUCCUGUGAAAAUCGUCAGCGUGUCUCUCAUUAAGAUACAGAACUCAAGUCACACUGUUAAACGGCUAGGUUGAUUAAUUGGUUAUCAAUGCUGGUACAAAACCAUACUUCAUAUCAGUAUACCAAAAAACUUGAAACUUUCCUUCAGUAAAAGAUGUCUUCUCAGAAAUCAGCAGUGCUAAGCUGAAGUACUGUUUUCAAUUGCUGGUUCACCUUACUAAAAGUAAGGUAUGUCUUUGGCUAUGCAACCUCAUGGGAGUUCUAAUUACAGACACACCUAAGGGCUGUUUCUGUGUCAACAUAUGUAAAUGUAUAACACAUUCCUACAAAAAUAAGUCUCCACAUUUUAACUUAUUUUUUUCUUGUUACAUUUGACUUACAGUAAAAAUAUGUUCAAAGGGUUCUUUGCAAUUUCUAAGCCUCACUUUUUCUAGACUGUAGAGUUUUUCUGUCACACUGCUGUCCUCACCCAGUCUUGUGCAUAACGGUUUAUGUUGUAUUGCCUGAUGCCUACACUGUGACUGGUGUCCGUGACCCUUGACCCUUAAUCAAUGAAGGAGAUUAAGCCACACGUCUCAGAGACGCCCUCGUUCUGAUGCCUGUGUCACCUGGGACGCUCAAGUCCUCCAUACUGCGGUGUGGGUUGUGUGGGGUUUGCGGGGGUUGCUGUCACUUGGGACUGAGUCUCGUCAGGUAACCACAUCUCCACAGUCAAACCCUCACCUCCACCUGAUUGGUUAACAUUCCAGUGUGUGCAGUUUUGUUCAGUAACUUUCAUUGUCUAAAAAAAACCUUGAUGGAUACCGUUUGUUGUAAUAAAGUUUCUAUUA